AUGUCAGACUGGGACACAACUCCGAUUACUCUACGGAAACGUCCCCCGAAAGCUUCGGUACUUAAAUCGGAACAGGUAACUUCAUGACAAACAUUUUUCAUUUAUUUAUUUCGUCUGAAACGAUUUCCACUAUGUAACAUAUAACAUGUAAGUUGUAUUUAUUUACAGGCAGUGAAUGCUGCGCGUCGUCAAGGAUUCGUAGUUGAAACACAAGCAAAAUGUAUGUGGGUUUGAUUUUGCCCUGAGAUUUAAAUCGUUAAUUCUUUGAUAUCGUUUCGUUUCAUGAUUUUUAUUUGGUCGAUGGUACAUUUCAUAUGUAAAAAUAUUACGAGAAUCAUUGAAUCACAUAUUGUGAUGUAAUACAAGAUGCUGUUUACAAUUUUUUUUGAUGCAACGUUACAAAAUCAACAAGCAGAUUGUUCCUUUUUUUCGAAUUGUAAGGAUAGUUUAUAUAUAUAUAAAUUUUUUUUUUGUUAGGGGGUGGAGGUACAAACAAACAACAUGUGGCAACUAAAAACACUGCUAAAUUAGACAGAGAAACAGAAGAAUUAAAACACGACAAGAUUCCACUCGAUCUUGGUAAAUUAAUCCAACAAGGAAGACAAAGUAAAGGAUUAUCACAGAAAGACCUUGCGACAAAAGUGAACGAAAAAGCACAAGUCAUCAAUGACUAUGAAGCAGGUCGUGGAAUUCCAAAUCAAAUGGUGAUUGGCAAAAUCGAGAAAGUGUUGGGAAUCAAAUUGCGUGGUAAAGAUCGUGGUAAACCAUUAUCACUUCCUGGGAAUAAAAAGUGAAUCUUAGGAGGAAGAAUCUAUACUUCUUACCUUUAUAUAUUGUUCCCUACACAGAACUGCAAGUUAAAUUGUAGGAUUGAGAACAAAUUUAACUCUCUUCAUUUUUGAUUAUUUUAUUAUAUACUUUAAAAUAAAAUAUUAUUUUAUUAAGUAUAUUACUGUGUAUUAUAAAGUAG